UUGUCUCUAAACUUGAUUGAAAACCAAAUAGAGAAGAAAAGGUUGGUAUAUAAAUAGAGUUGAGGAGUAGAUAGACAUUAAUCAUAGCAUCCCAAUAUAUGGCUACUAUUCUUGCUAAUCUGAAUCUUUCUUCAAACUUUCAUUUCUUCAAUCGUUCACAUAUCUCAAGAAGGAAAUUGGGCUGUGUUUACAAGCUGAGUAGGGACAAAAAGGUCAAUUUGACUGCUCAAAUGAAUGCUAUAGUCCAGAGGGGGUCUGAAUCCUAUCCACCUUGUAUCUGGGAUUACGAUUUGCUGCAAUCACUAGAUAAUAAUUACAAGGAAUCACCAUCCAACAAGAAGCGAGUUGAAGAGUUGAAGAAGCAUGUGAAGAAGUUGGUUGAAAAUGAAGAUAUUAAACCAUUGGCCAAGCUAGAGUUGAUUGACAAUAUUGAUAGGCUUGGGUUAAGUUAUCAUUUUGAGAAGGAGAUCAACAUUGCUCUUGGUACUCUCAUAAGAAGCACAAACAAUGAUGAUGCGUAUAUUGAGCAAGAAGGCCUUCAUGCAACAGCUCUCAGGUUUAGGAUACUGAGACAACAUGGACACAAGGUCUCUCAAGACAUUUUCAAUCGAUUCAAAGACAACGAUGGGAAUUUCAAACCAAGCAUUUGUGAGGACAUUAAAGGGCUGUUAAGUUUGUAUGAAGCUUCUUUUCUUGGCAUCCAUGGUGAACACACCAUGGAAGAGGCAAAAAUAUUCACAACCUUUCAUCUCAAGAAAAUGAAACAUCAUAGUAUUCUUAAGAGUAACAAAGUCUUGGGUCGAGAAAUUAGCAGAGCUUUGGAGCUUCCUCGACAAUGGCAAAUGACUAGGUCUGAGGCUAGGUGGUACAUUGAUGUAGAUGAAGAGAGAGAUGAUAAGGUUGUUGCUUUGCUUGAACUAGCUAAGUUGGACUACAACUUUGUUCAAUCUGUUCACCAGAAAGAUUUAGCAGACCUCACAAGGUGGUGGAAGGAUUUGGGGCUCAAAGAUAGAUUGGAGUUCUCAAGAGAUAGAUUGGUUGAGAGCUACUUAUGGGGUUUGGGAAUGGCCUCUGAACCUCAACUCAGUAAUUGCACGAAAGCAGUUGCCAAGAUCAUUGCAGUAGUCACAGUAGUUGAUGAUAUUUAUGAUGUUUAUGGUUCUUUGGAUGAGCUCAAGAUCUUCACUCAUGCCAUAGAAAGGUGGGAUAUUUCUGCAUCAGACCAACUUCCAUGCCAUCUGAGAAUGGGUUUCAUUGCUCUUUUCAACACAAUAAACGAAUUGGCUUACCAUUCUAUAAAGGAACAUGGAUUUGAUAGCUUAUCCUAUUGCAAGCAAGCAGUAAUAUUAUUUGUUUCCCUUUUAUUCAUUUUUUUAAACUUACUCAUCAUGCUCUACAUAUAUCAAGUAAUUUCCAUAUAAUUUAGGGAUGAGACUAUGCGCUUGGUAGAGUAGGGAUCAUAUUAUAGCUCAAGUACCUCUUGAGGGAGCACUGUGAAUCCCCCCAAUGAGUAGGACUCAUAUGAAUACGCUUAAAUAAAAUAGUAAUGAUUGAGACUCUCACCUUCACAAGAUCCUUAUAAAUCUGGAUUACUCAAGAUUUGGAUCUCAUACAUAUAUGAGUGGACCCCAUACAUAUAUAGAGGACCCCAUACAUACAUGGAGGACCAGGAUCACUUUGAGAGUG